GAUUUUUCUACGAAUUAUUUAUUUAACCAGUGUAGUCGUUAUAUCCAUGCUGCUACUCAAAGAAACGUCGCAACACAUGUUCAACGAUAGCAUUUAAUUUCGAAAAUGAUAACAGGACUUCAUAUUUGUUGUUGUGGCUGAAACUUGACACUGAAAGAGGACCCGAGUUUUGACUCCCCUUCUCGGGAACUGGUGGUGGUGGGGCAGUCUCUUGGAAUACAUUUUGGAAAUGGCUCCUCAUAAGCACGGCUCUUCAGCUGGAAAUCACACUGGUACCGGCUCAGUAGCUUUUGGCACUGGAGGAAAAAACAAUGGUGGGUUCUACCAGUCGUCUGCUGCGGUGGCUGCAGCCAAGAAGCCCAACAUGCAACUCAUUCAAGCUGACCACGAAUUGUUCCUGCAGGCCUUUGAGAAACCAACCCAAAUCUACAGGUUCCUCCGCACCAGGAACUUAAUAGCCCCUAUAUUCUUGCACAGGACUCUCACCUACAUGUCCCACAGAAACUCAAGGAAUAAUGCUAAAAGGAAAAACUCCAGAGUGGAUGAUCUACUGUUCAAAGUGGAGAAGAUGAGGGGUGAACAAGAGACACACUGCUUGUCGUCUCAUCUUCAGCUCACGUUCACUGGCUUCUUUCAUAAAGUUGGGAAGCCAUCUCAAAACUGUGAGAAUGAGCAGAAUUCUGUAUCUCUGGAGGUGCUGCUGGUCAAAGUCUGCCACAAAAAGAGGAAGGAUGUGAGCUGUCCAGUGAAGCAGGUCCCUACAGGGAAGAAGCAGGUUCCUCUGAACCCAGACACCAGCCCCGGAAGCCAGGCCAAGCUGGGAUCCUUCCCCUCCUUACUGGUUCCUAGCAGUGAGUUUGAGCCCAGCAAUUCUCAUAUGGUUAAGUCCUACUCCCUUCUCUUCAGAGUGUCAAGGCCCAGCGGCAGCUGCACCUCCAGUUCCGGACACACCCGAACACAGAUCAAUGGCCUGACCAAUGGAGAGACUCACUACAACAGAGACGUUACAGAGGAAAUGGCAAGCAGGAAAAGGAGGAGCUCCUCUCUCAGAGAAGAGGGAGAAACCACGUUUGUGGCCCAGAUGACUGUGUUUGAUAAAAACAGGCGUCUGCAGCUAUUAGAUGGGGAGUAUGAGGUGUCCAUGCAGGAGAUGGAAGAGUGUCCUGUCAGUAAGAAGAGAGCAACAUGGGAAACCAUCCUAGAUGGAAAGCGUCUACCUCCGUUCGAGAGUUUCUCCCAGGGUCCCACCCUCCAGUUCACCCUGCGCUGGACGGGUGACAACCCCGAUGGCUCCACAGCACCCGUGGCCAAACCUCUGGCCACACGCAACUCUGACACCAACCACGACAGCAGACCUAGCACACUGAGAGCUACACACACAUUGGCUGUUAAAGAAUCCAUCAGCUCUGAUGUUCAAACCAGAAGAGAGCACGUCCCAUUUGAGCCUCGGCAGAAACUCCGCAUUUUCUACCAGUUUCAGUAUAAUAAUAACACACGGCAGCAGACAGAGGCAAGAGAUGACCUCCACUGCCCCUGGUGUACCCUCAACUGCAGGAAGCUCUACAGUCUGCUCAAACACCUGAAACUUUCCCACUCUCGGUUCAUCUUUAAUUAUGUGCCCCAUCCUAAAGGAGCCAAGAUAGAGGUGUCCAUAAAUGAGUGCUAUGAUGGAUCAUAUGUGGGCAAUCCCCAGGAUAUUCAUAGCCAGCCAGGCUUUGCCUUCAGCAGGAACGGCCCCGUCAAGAGAACUGCUGUAACACAUGUUCUGGUCUGCAGGCCCAAAAGGACAAAGCCCAGUCUGUCAGAGUUCCUGGAAUCAGAGGACGGUGAUCCGGAGCAGCAGAGGACCUACAUCAGUGGCCACAACCGUCUCUACUUCCACAGCGACAGCUGUGUUCCCCUGCGACCUCAAGAGAUGGAGAUGGACAGCGAGGACGAGAGAGAUCCUUACUGGCUCAAAGAGAAGACUGUCAUGCAAAUCGAGGAGUUCACUGAUGUCAACGAGGGGGAAAAGGAAAUCAUGAAGCUGUGGAAUCUCCAUGUCAUGAAACAUGGCUUCAUAGCAGACAACCAGAUGCACCAGGCCUGCUUGCUGUUUGUGGAACACCAUGGCACCCACAUUGUCCAGCACAACCUCUGCCGCAACUUUCUCCUGCACCUGAUCAGCAUGCACGACUUCAACCUGGUCAACACGCCCACCAUUGACCAGGCCAUGGCCCGACUUCGCCUGGUCCAGAGUCACAUGCAGGCUGCUCAGAGAGCAGGCGACGAGGAAGAGGAGGAAGAAGAGGAAGACUGGGAAACAGCUGUUGAGUCCCAACCAGAACCAGACCCCGAUCCUGAUCCCUGCGAAUACAACGUGUGUAGUGAGGACAUGAGCAGUGGCUGCCUGGAGAACGGCGGGCAGCACAAGGAGCAGAGUGACGGCAGUGUGAAGACAGACCGGCUGUGUAAGAAGCAGAAACUCUGAGGCUCUGCCUUGCAACUGAACUGCCCGCCUUGUGUUGCUGUGGGAGGAUGCCCAACACAGACCAAAUCACAGACAAGUUCCCUAACAAACUCUGUACCACAUAGAUCACAACCAGAUUAUUGCAGGGAUUCCAGUUACUUCCUUCAUAAUGUCAUUGAAAAAGGGACAUUCUGUCUCAUAAUGAGCUCCAAAGGAACUUGAAGUGUUUGUGGAAGGUGCUUGUUUGUUUGACAUUGUAUUCACAGGAGGAGGGCAGAUGAGGCGUUCUGAAAACUUGAAGAAUCAUUUCUUUUCACCUUUUCUAGUCCAGUGGUUUUCAAAGUGGAGUACGAGCCCCCCCAGGGAUCCUUGAGAUUUCCAAGGGGGCCUCAGCAAAAUGAGUAAUAAUUGAAAUGCAUCUGAACACAGCUGCACAAACAUUUAAACAAGAAAUCUGAUCCAGCAUCACUGAUCUGACCUUUCAACAUCAGUUAAAUCAUUAUAAGUAUAGUUUUCUUGUUAAUUAAAAAUGAUUGAAUGAUGAAUAAUGACUAAAAAUGAAUUUUUAGUCAGUUUACUCAUUGCCUUCAUCCCCAGACAUAAAAAAAUAAAUAAAUAAAUUGCUGUAGUAUCUGAAGAAUUGGCUGGAAAAAAAACAGAAAAUUUGCUUAAAUAGCCUCGACAAAACUAUUUAUAAUGAUUAGAAUGAUGUAUUUAACCAUCAGAUCAGUGACACUAGGUUGAACCAGGGUCACUAGAGGGCAGAGGGACUUACCAGGGGACGUACCAGUCCCACUUGUGGGUUGGGAAUAUGAAGAAAGUCUGAAAAGCCCUGUUCAGGUCCAUGCUGUGUGUCAGGACAGCAGCUCACAGCCAUCAUCAGUUUCCAGCCAUCCUUUCCAGCUCUCAAAAACAGUGAGGCCAUGUGGUUGCCAGGUCCUCUCUUUUCCAUCCCCCCCAGAGGAUCUGAUCCCAUCUCUAGGAUUUUCCUGUGUCUUCCUCAAUGCAAAUCAGACAUCCUUCCCCACACUCUUGUAGUAUCUUCCACCAAAGGGUUUGCUGUCAUUACUGAUGUGACUAGUUCUCUGAAUACCUUUUACUGGUGCUAGAUCUUUUUAUUUAUUCUGCAGCAAACACUGAACAUGCUACUCUGACCUCUGACCUGGUUAUACUGUGUAUAUAUUUCCUCUGUGCAGCUCUGCUCCACUGAGCCCAGGAUGAACCAACUGCAGCUCCACAUGUUUAGUUCUUAACACACAUCUGCUUGCUUUUUUUAUUCCGGGGUUCUCACUAUUUUAAGGAAAUCUUGUUCCAAGAUGUUUAAGAACAUAUUCAGUGACUUAUGUACAAGCUAACUGUUUCUCACAGGUCACCUUAGAAUGCCUCAAAAUAGCUCAAAAUUGUGUGAAAUUUAUUCCACAACACAUUGUGCAUUGUACAGGACUCUGUGGGGGAAAAAAAAUUAAUGUCAACAACCGUGUGUUGAUCAAAGCAUAAAUCGAAUGUGUUUUGGACUUUUGGCUUUCCAUACACGUGAUAGCAGUACGCCAAAACAUGACUUGUUGGCGUGAACACUCGCUGAAACAAGCUUUCAGGAGCUAAAGACGUUUAACAUGAGCUGAGGAAAACAUUUUAAUGUGUAACCUCAGCUGAAUUUCCCAGAAUCUCACUAAUAUUUCCAGGACAUUUUGACAGUCUUCAAUUUUUGUUUGCCAUGGCUGGAAAAUUUGUCUAUACAUUUCCAGGUUUUCCAUGCAUGGGAACCCUGUCCUCCCACUGCUGCGCCCUGCCCACCGCACCUUUUGACUUUGUACAUACAGGCGUGAAGUGGAUAAUGUUUCAGGAACUCAUUCAUAUAUAAUAUGGUGGGUUUGUGUAGGAGCCACAAGGCAGCCAGGAAGUUUUGUAGUUUCUUAGUUUACAGACCAAAGGGGAUUGCUGCACAUUUGUUUUGUCUUGUGAAGAUUUAGGAGGCAACAAGCUUUUUUUUUUUUUUUUUUUUUUUUUUUUUCUUUUUUCUUUUGUGUCCCCCCUCCCUUUUCCUGCUGACUAGCUAGACUCAGGCUGCAUCUCUGAGCUCACAUCAUUUACUGUGGUAGAUGCAAUUCCUUAAAAUAACCCAGAGUUUAAUAUCAGUAGAACACCUGCACAUGAAUAAAGAGCACAUAAUGUAUCAUUUGAGUCCAAACGUUAAUGCUGCCAUUCGUUUUUGUUUUACUUCUCUAUUGGCUUGUAUGCAGUAUGAGCUUUCAGAUGGAGACACUGAUGAGGAUUAGUGCUCAGCGUUGAUGCAUGUGUUGCCUUGAGAUUUGGUGUGAGAAGUCAGGAGAUGUGUGUGUGUGUAUAUAUAUAUAUAUAUAUAUAUAUAUACACACACACACACACACACAUAUAAUUUUUUUUUUAUUUUUUUUUUGAAUAUUUCUUAAUUGUGGCCCUGCUCUCUGAAAGCUUUACAUCAAUACACCAAGUUGAGCUUGAAGUCUGAUGCUUAGGAACACAGCAUGUAGGAAUCUGGUUUGCUGCUGCUAGUCAGUCCAAACUGAUUCAAAAUGUUUGAUUCAUGUGUGACAAAUAAUUGGAUUCCUCUGAACUGAAAACAGUUGAGAACGCUGUUUCUGUUGUCCAGACUUUAAUUUUGAUGAAUAGCAGCCUGGAGGGAACCUGCUCCAGCUGACUGGGUUUUUGUUGAUUCACACAAGACCAGCAUCAUUUUGCACAAGAUGGGAGGAGCCAUGUCAAGAAUGAACUUUGUCCAACAAUGUAAAACCAGCCUGAAAUUGUGAACUUUGUAUGAAUCAUGGAGUCAGAGAAUGGUUUUCUAUUUAAAAGAAUAAAGAGUUUUGUACUAUU